AUACGCUUCCCAUGGCAUUCCGCGCGUUAAUACGUCACUUACGCUUUACAUUUUGCUUGAAUUUACAUAAACAUCUGCCCGUCUGUUGCAGAUUAAGGUCACAGUCGCCAUUUAAUGUGCUGAUCGUCCAUACACAACUGGGCGUCGAGCACCGUCGUGGUAGGCCAGUAUUUUGCUGACUUGAGCCGAGGUGGAAGUAAACUUAGUUCGAAGUGCACUUUUCAACACUUGAUCGUCCAGGCGAUCAUAGAAACCUUAAAGAAAUUUCUCUUACUGCCAACGUUUGGUAACAAUUUAUAAAUUGAAUUGGUGCGAGGUGUUUUUCGAUGUGUGCCUAAGCUGUGGUUAGAAUGUAUUGCAAAAGGAAGUUUCACUUCUUUUGUUGCUGCUAAAGAAGGGAUGUUUUCGUCGCUGAGGUUGUAAGUUGCUGUGCGUUAUCAGUUCACCUAGUUUGGUGUAGUAACGCCUGAUAUGCUUAUUAUGUAUGUUCUGGGUGUUUUCAAUAAGUGUGUAACAAUUGUUUUUAUAUGAACGAUGUGGCCUGAACUCUUCCCGGUAUGUCGGUAAAGUGUGAUCUGAUUAGCUGAGAGUGUUAUAAUGAAUGAGUUUAAUUAGUGUGACUUGGCCGAAGUGUGUUAAAAUGUGUCUAUAGCUGAUAGUGUGGUUUAUAAUAAGUACUGUAUAUCAGUUAUGCUACACUCCAACACCGGGCUCGAUCGUGUUUUUUGUUUCUUUCGAGUAUUGAAUUAUUCCAAUGCGUCCUAGGAGUAGGUUGCGUUCAUCGAUUAAUAUCGCAAUGUUGCGGGAACUGUUGAACAAAUUUACUGCCAUUCUUAUCCAAAUGAUUAUAUGAGUUUGACAUGCGGUGUGCGUUAUUGACUACAGUUCGCAAUUUGAAGCAAAACGUAUGCACAACCAUCAUUGAAGACCUCUGCAGUUCAAUCAUUCAACUUCUCACAGUGUGUUGAUUGGACAGGGUUAAGCCACCUGGGUAAGUUAGAGAGAAAUAGACCACCAUCAAAGUUUGCACAAGCAAUACGGUCCUUUUCAGUUUGUAAAGUGUGGUGUUUGUCGUGUAAGUGUAAGUGUGGCUCAUUUGCUGCUAGAACCGAUCAUUCUUUCACUAUUCGUGUAGACUUGUAUUUCGAUGAACGACUGGUUCAUCAAUGAUUAAUCGCUCUCAAUUUUAUCGCGCAGACUUCAACAUUUUGUCCACCCAAUUUGAUAUGAUAGAAUCGUAAUUACUCAAUUCUGAUGUGCCUAUGAGUUUAACCAAUGGUGCACAAGUCCGUACGCUUGAAGACUCUAGCACGGAAAUCAUCUUUAAUGGAUUACUAUCAUUCCAAAAAUUGUGUAUUAAAAUAAAACCUCGGACGCGCAGUAUUAUGUUUAAUUGAAUGGUGUAGUCAUUGCAAAUUGCACACAAUCGCAGUCAAAUUUCAUUGUAUAAUGAUAAGACUGCGUACGGAUCUUAGAUAAAUUUUUUUGCAGGUUUCAUUAAUUUACAGUGGCUAACGAACAGCAGCAAAAAUCUAAAAUAUUAGGACAGCUUUUAAACUUCGUGAAGUUAAAUUUAUUCGAACCGCCCUACCAUUUGGGUGACAGUUAAAAUCAUCGUUGAAAACACCAACUCAAUCCCAGUUUAAUUUGUACAGUUUCGAUUCAUCGGCAAUUUGAAGCAGGAACCCAAAUCAUGAAUGGACAAGCGCAAAAACGGAAAGCGUCAUUUGACCAUAGUGCAACAGCUGAAAACAAUGGCUCGAUACCGUCAGCCAGCAAAAUCUCAAGACCAUCGGAUGAAAACGAAGCCAAGGGAACGUCUUCCUAUCAUGGUAUGUUUUACCACCUACAACUAGGAAUGAUUAUACUUCUUCGAGCUUUCAAUCUACACUGUGAACGACAACUAUCAAAAUUCGAGAUCACGAUGGAAAACAAGGAUGGUGGCAAGUUCGACGACAUAGUCCUGCACUACGAAAAUGCAACUGUACCCAAGGGUACUGUUUACAUUCAAGCUAAACAUAAAGUUCCAGUGGGAAAGUUGAAGUGUAUUACACAUCAUGAUUUACUUAGUGGACCUACUUCAAAGGGUCCCUAUUCCAUCCCUACCUACUUUGCGUCAUAUCUGGAGCUUCAACACCGCCGUGAGGAUGCAUCUGAGCACAAUGCUAACGCCUUGAAAGCGCCCCAUAGGUACGUCCUGUGUACUAACGUAAAGGUAGAUGAUAAGGUUACGAUAAUUGUACCUCUAGCACAACCAUCUGCUGACGGCAUCUCACCUUUGCUAGAAAGUAUCGGUGGAAAAAGUUACAUCAUAAAUCAGCAAAACAAUACCAUACAAAAUAGGCUAAGAAAAACCAGUUUGGAAGAGCUAGGAAAGAUGCUUGCAUCUUGCAUCAAAGACAAAAAGGAAAUUAAUGGGGAAGAUUGCUAUAUCUUUCAACUGUACAGUGAUUUAAUUGCAGCCUGCGUUGAAAAGGUUAAGCCGGGCGUAUACAAGUUGAUCGAACAGCCACAAAGUACUGCAGGAAAAACCCUUGCAGGGAUGCUUCAGACUUCUCUAGGAAGUAAAAAAGACAAAUCAAAUGCACCGAAAGAGAAACCCGAAGUGGCAAACAUUUUGAUAGCAAGCAGUUUUGAGAAACUGUUUUCCAACUCACGAGUUGAUGAGCCGUAUGGAAAAGUUGACGCUAUGAUUCAACAAUUUAGUGACAAGUUCUUGUUAGUGUGCGGUACAAAAAAUGAUACAGAGCUGCUGGAACAAGCGCUUGAGCUGAUGCCACCGUGGGUCAAUGAUAAGAAAGAUAAGUUUGAAAAUCUACAAAACAUACUCCUUCACGCUCUGAGAGAAAAUCCACGUGAUGAUAUAAAUCUCGAAAACAUUAAAAAGAAGUUCAUAGAACUAAAAGUAAACGAUAGUUACUGUAAGAUUGAAGAGUUUACCAAGCGAUAUUUAGACAGCGAAAGCAAUUUGUAUUCAACCAUUGCUUUAGAACCUUGCUCUCUCAGGAGUCUUAAAAUUCAUAAUUUCUUUAAUGAAAAUUCAUGCGAUCGUAUUCAUCGAUAUUAUACCACAGCUAACAUGAAAAUGAGUUCAGUGAUUGUGCAACAAACGGCACAGCUGCUUGACUACAACUGUCUAAUUGUAGAUAGUACAGGUGGUCAAUUCAAAGACAACUUGUGUACUGUUCUUUCAGAUGUGAUGAAGUUUAUUUCUGAGGUCGGACUAUCUACUUAUACUAUUAUAACGAUUCUUGGCGCAUUGGACGAAGAGCUAUUUGCCAAUAUUGAGAAUUAUGCAAGAGCCGAUAUAAUUAAACUCAUCGUCAUUGAACAAGUUGCUGAAAAUGAUCCACCAGAAGAUUGUUUAUUAGUUAGUGAUCUUACCAAGGAGUCAAGGGAACAGCUUUUUGAGCGAUAUAAACAGUUGUUUCUCUUUGAAACAACAAUCGCUCUCAAUCAGAUUGUGCGAAAAACGGAUUCGUUGAGCAUGUUAUGCAAAGUUCUGGAUAGAUAUGGUCAUCAAAUCGAUCAAAAUGAGGUUAAAAACAUAAAUCAACGGAACUUUCAAACGAUCAGCUCAUGGUUCAUUCCGCGUACUCUACAGCCAUAUAAUGAUGAUGAAACAAAGUCAGAAAAUAGUGUCGUAGAAUCGAAACUUCGAUUUGAUGGCUUUCAUGGAAACUAUUCUGAGAAACCAUCUUUUGAUAGUUUAAUACUUCCUGGACAAGAUACAGUUGAAAGGUUGGAUUUGGCCAUCACAUCACAAGCAAGUCUCAUCUGCCAAAUGCCGUACAAGUUUAGUGACCAAUCGAAAGUGCACAUCAUUCUAGAUGAUGCGGGGUGUGGAAAGACCUCCUAUUUUACCUGGCUUGCGUCACACUUAUCGCGCAACGAUCCCUCUUUGUGUGUGAUUCGUAUGCAUGCUUUUAAGUAUUCUGCGGAUUUCAACGAAUUGCAGAAAGCACACCUCACAUCUUUGGAUGAUACAACCACAAUAAGGAUCCUGUUACGUCUAUUUCAACUGACGCUGUUUGCAACUACUGUAAGCAUUCUAUCUGCCUAUGAAUCGAAUGAAAUUAGAAACCAGGCCAAGCAAACGGCUCAAAUUUUAGCAGUUUCGGGCGGAAAAGUAGCGCUUGACGAUGGUACGGCCACCACGUUGUCGCUGAGUGUAGAACAAUUGCUAGUGGUCCGGUUGUUUGUGGAAAAGCUCAACUCAUCGCAAUUUGUUAUCAUUUUUGAUGGAUUUGAUGAAAUUGCCCCACAUUAUAAGGAUUUUGUGAUGUCGUAUUUGGGCAGACUGGCGACUUUUGCUGGAAUUUAUAAGUUGUAUAUCUCCUCAAGGCCAUACAAUUUCAUAGCGGAAUUGAAGAAAACAUUCCAUAACUGUGAGAUAUACCAGCUAAGCCCGUUCUCAAUGACAGAUCAACUAAAUCUCUUAUACAAUUAUCUUUGGCGCAUGUCAGCUGAUUGGAAAAAAUGCAACAAAAACGACCGUUAUCGUGUGUUGUAUCUUUUGUAUGUUCUAAACUUCAGAAGUAUGAGCAAAUUAAUGUCUACACCCUUGUUUUUACACAUGAGAUGUGCGAUGCUGUUACCAAUACUGGAGCGGUAUGUCGAUUUUUCUAGCCGAACUGUUGAAAGAGCGAUAAGCGACCAACAGUACAUAGAUCAACUUCAAUUAGUAACAAAUUUUGUCGAACAAAAGCUACAAAUAUUGAACGCAGAUAAAUGUGGCACAACCGAUACAGCGCUACUCAUUCCUGCUCUGCAGCAACUAACUUUGUCAGCUAACAAGGAUCGCAAAGAAAAGCUAAAGCUGUUUGCGAUUCUUACCCUUUUUGAUGAGGAAGAACGAAAACGGCUGUUGUCAAACGAAGAACAACUGUUAGUCACCAGCUACAUAAAGGAAAUACUUCAGGGAAGUGAAAAGACUGGAAUUGUUUUAGGUGUCCUAGAUGACAUUCCGCAGUUCGGCCAUCGAAUAUUUGCAGAGUACUUCGCCGCUUGUUGGUUGUUUGGCAAUAAGGAUCGAUUCAGGGAAGUAGAUUUUUUCCGAUCGAGAUCCUACUGGACGGACGAAUUUUCUCUACUGCGAGACUUUUUCGAUCGAAUGGUUUUAAGGGAAAGCAUUGGUUGUGAACUGCACAUGGCUGUGCUCAACCGAUCGAACGCACAGGUGGAUGAUAUACUUCACAACAGUCCUGUAGCAGUCGAGAAGAAGGAUGCUCUUGGACGUUUACCAUUACACUUGGCUGUUGUGGAUAAACGUUUAGACACCAUCGAACAGUUACUGGAAAACUUAUCAGAAGAAUCAAUCAAUGUGAAGGAUGGGCUUUUAGGCUGGAGUGCAUUAGAUUAUGCGUUUGUUUUUGGGAAAAUCAGAAUGAUUCUCACGCUGUUAAAACAUAAGGCGAUAGUGCAUGAGCAAACCUUACUUGAACUAACAGUUGCAAGUAAAUUAGGUGGUCUAUUAACCCAUGCAGAUCUAUGUGGACAAUGUUUGAACGCUUAUGAACAUACCAAAAUGUUCGCAGAAAGCUUUCAUCGAAGAGUGGUCGAGUAUUUGCUCAACGAAAAACGUGUUGACAUAUUCCAUCCUCAGGUUGAUCUACACGACGCAUCGAUCGUAGAGGCAAUGAUAGUAGAUAACAUGCAAGAUUUAUUUAAACAAUUCGUCAUUCAAUCGAGAGGAAAGAUUGAGGAAGCCAAAUUCAUAGCAUUGUUGGAAAAGCCAGGCAUAUAUCGAACACACGAUACGACAAUGAUUAUUGCGAGUGAGUUAAACGUUUCUCUUCCAAAGGCAGUUGAUAAUGAAGCAAUAAUUGGUACUCUGAAGUUUGCCAUUGAGAGAAAAAACAUGAACUCCUUUAUUUUACUUUUCAAACAACUCUGCUUUAAUCUAAAUAUUCACACAGUUGAAGAUAUGGAAGACAUACCCAGUGUUGCUGAAGAAGAAAGUAAUUUACCACCUAUGAUUGUAGAUAUAUGUUCCUCUUUCUGUUGUAUCAAUCAAUCCGGAGAUGAAACUGUUGCUCAAGGAGAUGUAAUCGAAAGUCUACUAAUUUACGCAGUGCGAGAAGGUAACCUACACGUAAUCAGGUACAUUGCUUGCAAGACUAACACCAUCAUCCAGAACGAGCUUAUUCGAACCAUCAUGCACUGGUUAGUGAAGUUGAAGAGAAACCUUUCUCAUGAAAGAUGUAUACCUGCAUUCAAAUACCUCCUGCAUCAAUCAAUCGAUCUGCACUCCAUCGACAAUGAAGGGAGCAACCUUCUUCAUUGGACGGCUCAAAACGGUUGUGUUUUCAUGUUGCACUGCUUGAUUGACAAAGGAUUUGAUUUGUCGGAAAUGAAUUCAACUAACGGAUGGAAUGCAUUUCAUUACGUUGCUUUCUUUAGGGAUGACACAUGGGCUGGAAACCAGCGAAAAUACAAAUUAUUGGAAUACAUUAUGGAAGCUUAUCAAGUGGAUUGGUUCGGUCUCUUGACAAGUAUGUUCGAUCCAAACAAGUUUGGCAGCCUCGCUGUGAGCCUUUCUCCUAAUCAACACAGCCAGUAUAAGAAUAUUGUGACCGAAUCACAAGUCUGUUUGAUGGCGAUGUUUGUUUUGUUUGACAAACCAACGAGAUCUGAGCUGCUUACUUCGGACGAACUACGCGAUGGUGAUCAAUGCUUGCAGGACAUUGAAAAGGCUUCAGAUCUUACAGGAAUAGUACAAGGAGUUCGAGAUGGGAUUCCUCAGUUCUGUCAUAGAAUUUUUGCGGAGUACUUUGCUGCUUGUUGGCUGUUUGAUAACAAGGAUCGAUUCAGAAAAGGAUCCUUUUUCCGAUCCAGCUCCUACUGGACGGACCAAUUUUCUCGAAUGCGAGACUUUUUCGAUCGAAUGGUUUUAAAGGAAAGCAUUUACUGUGAACUUCACAUGGCGGUACUCAACCAAUCGGAAGAAAAGGUGCUUGAUGUGCUUUUCAUUAUGCAUUAUGCUUUUGCCUAUGAAAAUAAUGAAUCGAUUGACAUUCUAUUAGAUCUUCAAGCUACUGUAGAUGAGAAUGUCUUGGUCGAACAAACAGUGGCAAAUGACUUAAGAGAUUUAUUGAACCAUGCACAUAUCUGCUUCAAAUGUUUAGAGACACAUGAUUAUACCAAACUGGCUUCAGAUCGCUUUCAAACUAGCUUAGCAAAGUAUUUGAUCGACGAAAAACGUGUUGACAUAUUUUCGCCCCUGCCUGAUUUGCAAAAUGUAUCGGUCUUACACGAAAUCGUAAGGUGUAAUAUAUAUGUAUUAUUUGAACAAAUAGUAUUACAAUUAAGUGAUAAAAUUCCGCAAGAAACAUUAAUUGCGGUUUUUGAAGUAGCAUUAAAGUAUCGAGCUAUCAAUAUUGCAACGAUUAUUGCAAGUGAGUUAAACGAUUCUCUGCUUAAAGAAGUGGAUAAUGAAACACUUAUUGAUACUGUUAAAUGUGCUAUUAAAAAUACAAAUAUGAAAGCAUUGAUCGUACUCUUUCAACAACUCUGCAUUAAUCUAAAUAUUCACACAGUAGAAGAUAUGGAAGAGUCGAUGCACUGUGAUGUGGAAAAUGAUUGUGACUUGUCGUUUGUGGAUGUAAAUCACUAUCCCUCUAACUGCUGUAUUCCAAAUCAUUCCCUAUGUUUUGAAGAUGAACCGCGCCCUGAACGAGAUGUAAUCAAACGUCUACUAAUUUACGCACUAAAGGAGGUAAUUUACAGGUAAUCAGGUACAUUGUUCGUAAAACUAAUACCAUCAUCCAGAACGAGCUUAUUCGGUACAUCAUGCAAUGGUUAGUGAAGUUGAAGAGAACCAUUUCUCAUAAAAGAUUAAUACCUACAUUCAAAUACCUCCUGCAUCAAUCAAUCGAUCUGCACAGUAUCGACAAUGAAGGGCGCAACCUUCUUCAUUGGACGGCUCAAAACGGUUGUGUUUUCAUGUUGCAUUGCUUGAUUGCCAACGGUUUUGAUCUGUCGGAAGUGAAUUCAAGAAAUGGAUGGAAUGCAUUUCAUUACGUUGCUUUCUUUAAGGAUGACACAUAUGCUGGAAACCAGCGAAAAUUCAAAUUAUUGGAAUACAUUAUGGAAGCUUAUCAAGUGGAUUGGUUAGGUCUAUUGACAAGUAUGUUCGAUCCAAACAAGUUUGGUAGCCUUUCUCCUGAUCAACACAGCCAGUAUAAGAAUAUUAUAACCAAAUCACAAGUCUGUUUGAUGGCGAUGUUUGUUUUGUUUGACAAACCAACGAGAUCUGAGCUGCUUACUUCGGAUGAACUACGCGAUAGUGAUCAAUGCUUACAGGAUAUUGCUAAAGUGUCUGGGCUCACGGGAAUAGUACAUGGAGUUAGAGAUGGUAUUCCUCAGUUCUGUCAUGACAUAUUUGCGGAGUACUUUGCAGCUUGUUGGAUGUUUGAUCAUAAGGAUCGAUUUUCCUUUUCCGAUCCGAAAGGAGCCUUUUUUCGAUCUAGCUCAAACUGGACGGGCAAAUUUUCUCGAAUGCGAGACUUCUUCGAUCAAAUGGUUAUACGGGAAAGUAAUUGAUGUACUUUACAACAGUCCUGCAGCUAGUAGUUUUCAGAAAAUUACUCCGAAGAUACAAUCAAUAUAAAAGAUGAGCUUUUCGGUUGGAAAACUUUCGAUUACGUAUUCCUCUCUGAAAAUAUAACACUUCUAAGGAAAUUUAUACAAUAUAAUGCAACUAUAAACAAUAAUUUUUCGAUUUAACAAAUGUUUUCGAACAACUAUACAAACAUGGUACAUUUUAUAUCUUCCCUCAUCUCAAUCUGUUGGCACGAUAUCUACCUCGUGUAGAUCAGCAGCCGUAAUGUUUAUAAAACAACGAGCUGUCAAGGACAGCUUGAAUAAUAUACGAAUAAAGCACCAGAUGGCGCUGUAAAACAGAUAAGGACAAAAAGAUCUUCGACCAAAGGCGAAACAGCUAGAUUAUCAAAAAUAGGGCCAAUUAGGAUAAAGUUCGGCAGCGGUCGCGAAAUAGGGUCAAAUGCGGUCAAGACUGAUCAGCUGUUCGUAAAAAUAGGCGCCAUCGAGAAAGUUAGGCCAGUAGCAAAAGUCAAUCGACCGAAGAAAGACUAAUUUUUAAACUGAGCAAAUACAUAUUAUAUACAAACAAGCCAGUUCUAAGAAAGUCUAUCCAGCUACUCACCAAAUUGUUACCAGGCGUAACAACACAAUCAAUGCAAACUUAGUACGAUAAGUAAAGGCGUCAAUUAAAGAGUUUUACAGGAAACAAGCUUUCUUUACAAUUACAAAUACAACAGCUGACACCAGAUGGUGCAACGGAAGGAGAAUAGGAUAAAAUUAGGGGAAAUUAGGGAAAUAAUUAUGCUAAGUUCGGCCAUGGUCUGGGUCAGAUAGGUUCAAGGCAUACAAGCUUUGGAGUAAUAAGCGCCAUCGAAGGUGCUAACAAAAAUUAAUCGAGAGAACUUACGAAAACUUACAAACAAAACUAAUCGAAAUGAAACUUAAUAAUACGUCAGCGACAGUUUGAAAAAAAGUCGAACAAAGAUACUCACUAAUUGUUUCAUUCGUAGUAACAACCCUUUAUACGCACCCGAUGCGUUUGUAGAACGGAGACGGAUAAAAAAUACCAGAAGUAUGUGACUAAUUAUAGGAACCAUGUGCGCAAAAUAGUGCUCACCAACCUUUUAAAUAUUGCAGAUCACUUGGCUUUGAAAAUACAUUUGUAGCGGCCCAGAUUUAUUGAAGGCAUACAUUUUAUAGACUUCGUUCAAAGUUUUUAAUCAAAAAUAUAUUUAAAUGUUAUUCUAGACCUCCCUGAUGAAAAUUUUAUCUUGACUGUGGGAAAUAAACUGCACGAUAUGUAUUGAAAUAAGCUUUCAUAACGCCACGGACCACAGGUAGAAGACCACUGAAUUUCUCAAUCUAAAGGCAGGGUGACAUUGUCCGUACUCGCUAGUGUAAUUUCGAUUUUUACUAAUGCAUCUGGCGGCGACUGAUAGGCAUUUUGACAAACAAUUUGGAGCUGCUUCAGAAAAUAUAUUAUUUUUCUAUGUUUUUCACUUAAAUUGGACUAGACAAGCAUUGUAAUUGAUAGAUAAAUGAUGUUGUACAAGUAUUUCAGCCGUUUUCGCAUUAAAAACGGUGAAAAACCAACUUAAAUUUGAGAUCCGGCACGACUAUUCCCUGGAUGACGAAAAAGAGUCCACUAGCCGCCACCAGAUGCGACAGUGAAAAUAGAAAUUACACUAGCGAUUACGAACAGUGUCCUCUGGCCUUUAUAAAGAGAUAAGGCACAGCUUGUAAUGAUGAUAAUGGAAACAUUGUUUUAUCUUUUUCAAUUAUGAAAAUGUUAAUGAAUACCCUGUAAAGUAAAUCUAAAAAUAAAAAGUAAAUGAGUAAAUGUAAGGUAAGCUAAGAAAAUGAGAUCUUACUCGUAUCUUACGAUCAUUUGGGACGUAAAUUUUAACGCGUUUCUUAAAACUAUACACUUUGUUUUACAUUAGGGGAUUUAGUCGUCAACUCGUACGACUUAAUAACAUGCCCGUCAUGGGUUCAAGCCUCGAAUAGACUGUGCCCUCAUACUCAGGACUGACUAUCCUGCUAUGUUUAGUCAAUAAGUCACUUAAAGCCAAGCCCACAAGUGGCACAGGCAGGCCUUGGCCGAAAACGGUUGUUGUGCCAAAGAAGAAGCAGGUUUAUUGGAGCCUUACUAAAUUAGUUAGGCAUUUUAAAAAUGGGUCAACUUGAGAUGAUGAUUAUGAUAAUGAUUAUGAUUAUGAUUAUGAUUAUGAUUAUGACGGCUUAUGAUUUUUAAAUAUAGAUUGGAAUCACAAAUCUUAUCAUCCAUGGUUUAAUUAAAUUGGUACAGCUCCCAGCCAAAUUGUGUGGGUUUUUUUUAUUAUUGAUGUUAAAAAUAAAAGCAUCAAACGCAACACGGAUAUGUUCAGAAUCUAAAUGAGUAACAGUAUGCAAAGUGGUUAUUUCAUGGAGAUUGAUCAUAGAACCAAGUUAAAGUUAGUUUUUAAGAUUGAAAAAUGAAAAAAAAAUCCUCCUACCUCAAAAAGGAUGCUUCGCAAAAUUGAUUUAAUAAUAAUAAUAAUAAUAAUUAUUAUUAUUAUUAUUUAUUGUUUCAUCUUCAACGGGCCGAAUGGCCUAAUUAAGAUAAGUAACAGUACAUUAAAAACAAUACAUAGCAUCAACAAGGUUUGUAUCGCAAUUCACUGCGGCUACGGCAAAUGGCCACGUUCCUUGAAGCACUGAGUUGAGAUGUCGAAGUCGAAGCAA